AUGGGUAACGAGACGUCUGUGGAGGCGCAUCAGCCGUUGGCGCAGAAACAUUUGACGAUCACGCUGGAGGUACGAAAUAUAUUUAAAAUGUUAUAUAGCCAUCCAUCAUGAUUAACAUCUCUCAAUGUCCUAUAAAAAAGAUACAUUUUAGUCAUAUACACACGAGGAAAAUAAUUCUCGGUUUUUUAUUGCAACUUUUACUCUUCUCAUUAGAUGACGCAUUCCCUCUUAGCGUACACUUUCAGCGGCCUGACGUGCUAGCGUUAAUGGAUAUCGACGGAGAUCACGGAGUAGCUUAUCAGCUGAUCAAAAACAGCUGGCUAGAUGAAAUCAUCGAUGUAAAGAAGGUCAUGUACAUGCAUUGCUUUCAACUCCCCAAUAAACCCUUCAGCGUAAGGCAAAAAUCAAUCAACGCCAUGCAUUUUAGACGCCUUUAUUGACUUCAGUGAACAAUCCAGCGUACAUUCAAGCAAAUGCUCGGGUACGGCACGCGUUUUGUAAUGUGUUGGGGAAAAUGGACGAGAUGGGAAUCAAAUUGAUUACUACUGCAUAUCUCGGAAAAAUUUUUACGAGAACGACAAUGUUCUUUCAGCGAUCUAUUAACAAUGCGGUAAGUGAAUCUGCCAUCUCUGGACGGAAGUGUUCCAAAUUGGGCGAGUGGUGAUAACAAAAGUAUUCGAGAUGCAAAUCUCGGCUUGGGUUUUUUUAAAACCAAAAAGUUUCAGCACGACCAAUCUUACAACCCGGUGAACGCAGAAGAACGGUUUCUCUGUGUCGCAAUCAGAAGUUACAACUCUCUCCUAAUCCCCGCCUCCCCAGCCUACUGUCGAUUUCCAGUCAGCUGGGUCCAUCACGAAUUUAGUAGCCUAAUCGAGAAAGAAGACAUAAACGACGAUUAUAUGGAGAUUACAUUCAAAGAAGCACCAUUCGCACCAUAUCAAACAAACUACGAGUCAAUGAUCCACGCCAAGCGAUUGUUUCUAGGGCUGGUUCGGCAGUUAUCACAGCGGGGUUACGAGUAUGUUGCGCCAAUUAGCGUAAAAGGAGGAAGUCGAAACGAUACAAUGCUGUUUAGAAUGGUAGGAGAGAUUUUUUAAAUCAAUAAAAACAUGUUUAUCCCGACAAAAUGAUAAUAUCAGUACUAAUUGUAGACUCGACAGCCCCCGCCAACAGAUAAAGUAUACUUCUUUAUCAGUCCAGAAGAAAAGAAUCGUCUAAGGCUCUACGAAGCACCACCUGGAGUCGCAGACAUUGUCAGAAAGUCCAUAUCAGCUAUCACUCUCAAAGAAGUCAAAAGACCUUAUGUGAGUGAUCCACAGCGAUGACUUUUAUCUUAUUCUACCUCGUAAAGCCAUUAGAAUACAAAUUUGACAUCGUAAUAAAAUUUCAGAUGGGCUGUAUUGAAGUUUUAUUCGCUGGCCAACCGUUCUACGCAGAUUCCAAACUCUUAACGCAAACACAAUUGGAUAUAUUGGAGAUGAUUGGCAAUUUAUGGAUUGCGGGAUAUAAAUUAGUAGGAUCCCUACAAACAACGCUGAAUAUGUGCGAAAAAGUAAGUUCCAAUAAAUACUGAAAAAGCCAAUAUUCCAAACAAAAAUCCCUUACUCGUCCCUGUCACAACAAUGUUAUGAUAUUUUACAACCUUCGAAAUUGAUGUACCUAUUACGACAAAAUAUGUUUUAUGUUACAAACAAGUCCUCAGACAUGCAUAUCGUCUCAUCAUGGAAAUAAGACCGCACCGUCGCAUUGUCAUCAUCAGAGCAAAAGUCGUAACAAAGCUUUCCCUUGUUCAGACCCGAAAAAAGAACGGCUCGGAUGUGAAGUGGGAAAGAAAUGGAAAGAGCGCGAGAGAAAACCACACUCUUUUUGCAUUUCUCUCGCUCUCAGCGCCCUUUCUUUUCUUGCGCUCUCUCGCUUCUUUUGGGUUUUUUUGUCAAGCGGGUAAAAAUUCGUUGCAACGAAAGAAGCAAGAGAAGAAGGAGGUGAACUAUAAAAGCAUUUUGGGUCGCAUUGAAGAUGUUCUUGAAUACUGUGGUACAAAAUCGUAGAAUGAAGUCCGGAAAAGCAAGGACCAAACAUUUUAAAGAAAAAAUCAAAUAGAAUGUGAAUACGAGUACUAAAUAUAUUUCAAAAUACAUUUGUUUUAGGCCGUAAUGCUCUUUGAAAAUACCACAGAAGAACCUGUACCAAUGUUCGCUGUUUCCUUUCAAAGGGCAGAUACAAUUCAAGUAAUAAGCGCUCCAGGAAAGAUCCGAACUUUGAUCAGAGAAAUUGUUCUUGGUCAUUGGACAAAAGGAAUACAAGAAGAAUGUAAGUAUAGUAAAACACAGUCAAUAUUGAUCGUUUUGAAACUUUUUACUUCGCUUUCCGCAAAAGCCAAAAGGAUGAUUUUUUAUUUGUUUUUUAUUAUACAUUACAAUUCUUUUUUCAGUUGAAAUAGUGAAAGGAAUGGCGAUAAAGCUCCGAGGCCGUCCUUUCGGCAGCCGCGAUGUCUCCGCUGAUUGUCAACAUGGCCUUCACAUGUUACUCUUUAUCGUAGAUACUUUAUAUAAAGUCGGAUGGAAGCUAAAGACAACCCUGGAUGUUGGCGGAAAACCGGUGUCCGAUGGAGAAAUGGCCUACAUUGAGGAUGGAGUGAUGUUGAUUUUUGUCGCAGCGCCUAAUGACGAUGACUGCGGGAAGAAUGGGAAAGUUCACGGAGUUGAUUUUUAG